AUGCAUGUCAGGUCCGAGCCGGCGAGUUGUCUCGAUAGGGCAAAACGGUUUAAUCAUGCAGCCGCAGGUCGCCGCCGGCCGGCGGCUGAUCUCCCCGAGGACGUCCACGCGGAGAUCCUCGUCCGCCUGCCGGCCGAGUCCGUCCUCCGCUUCCGCUCCGUCUGCAAGGCGUGGCACCGCAUCACCAGCGACCCGCGCUUCCUCACCGCCCACGCGCGCCGCCGGCCGGCCCAAGUCGUCCUGUACAGGUAUCUUGAGUCCACCGGGUGCAAGAACCGCCCGCUUGGCUACGCCGUGGACAUCGCGCUGGACGUGCUCCCCGUCUCCGGCGAGGAGGAGGCGGGGCGGCGGCGGCGUCUUAUCGGCUACCCCAGGUUCGUGACCACCACGGACCCCCCCGAGCGGUGGCGCGUCGACAUGCCGGUGCACUGCCUCCUGCUCGACACGUGCGACGGCGUCUCCUCUGCAACCCCAUCACAAGGCAGUGGGCCGAGCUCCCGCGGCUCCCCGAGCAGACCUACGGCGCCGCCGCCGGCGUCAGAGUUAGAGAGUACGGCUUCUACUUCCACCGGCCGUCCCGCGAGUUCCGGCUCUUGUGCGGUGCGUUCGCCGGCGGCCAGACGGCGUGGUGCGUCCUCUCCACCGGCGCCGCCGAGCCCCGGCAACACGGCGCGGACGACCAGCUGGUGGUCAACCAAGGCCACCUGCGCGGCGCCACGGCGAUGGCACCCCUGGCCCUCCACGACCGCCUGCACUGGCCGCCCCGCGGGUCCGCGACGCGUUCGGGCAGGAGGCGACGGAGAUGGUGGCUUUCGACACGCUGUCGGAGAAGUUCCACGUGAUGGCGGGGCCGCCGGCAGCCACCACCGGGGCGCUGCCGCUGAUGAAGCUGUAGUUCGCCAUGGACGGGCUCCUCGCGGCAGCCGACUUCGGGGAGGAGGGGCACGUCGACCUCUGGUUCCUCGCCGACUAUGGCGCCGAGAGGUGGGAGCGCCGCCACCGAGUUGCGGCGAGAAGCAAAGUGAAGUGCAGGGAUGACGACAACAACAGACGUUCAGAUACAACACUGGAAGAUCCUUUCAGCAGCGUUCCGACUUCGCCAAGCCUAAAGCACCUAUUGCUAAGCCACUAUCGACGCCGUCUGCCGCUACUACUACACCGACUUCCGAGGUGAGUAAUGUAUCUUCUAUGCAGCCCUAACAAUAGAAGAAAGUUGUUUCUACCGGUGCUUCAUUGAGCCGCUCCACCAACAACGUGUGCCACCGCUACAUGGGAUAUGUUAUUAAGGAUUAUCCGAGCCGUCGUGCAUUCAUUGCAACGAAUGAUGAAGAAUAUGUAAGUGCUAGUGAUGUUCAAAAUGAUUUGGUUCCUGCUGCUAUUGAUCCUAUGACUGCUGCUGCGGGUUACAAAUCUUUUCUUGUGCAACAUAUGUCGAGUACACAGCUUGAGCACGACCCGAAGAAUGUACAAUAUCAUAAUUUGUUCAACAUGUUUCUCAUUAUCAAGGAUCGUCGUGUUCGUAUAAUAUAGUGGGAGCUGCAACAACUUGGUUAGUUCGGAUUUGGUCAAGAAGCUUGGCUUAACCACACGUUCUCAUCCCAAACCUUAUCACCUCGAAUGCUUUAACAAUAGUGGUAAGGCAAAGGUAACUCCAUCAGCAACAACACACUUUUUCAUUGAUUUAUAUCAUGAUUAUGCUGAUUUAUACAAGCAUGCUCGCUUUUAUUAGGUCGUACAUGGGAAUAUGAUAACGAUGAUUUACACCAUGGUAGAACUAAUACAUAUAUUUUGAUGCAUAAGGAUAAGAAAAUUAUUUUACUUCCUUUAACACCCGCUGAAAUUGUGAAAUAUGACAAAAAGUUUGCUGAAAUUUCUAAGAAUGAUCAUACUUUAGACGCACAUGUUGCUACAUCCCAAGAGAUUAAAUUAGGAGGUGCUUUACUUGCUCAGAUAUCUCUUAUGCUGAAAAUUAUGUUGAUGCAACAUCAUAUCAUACCAUGCUUUGCAAACAUAUUUCGUUUUCACAUGAUCCUACUCGUAUGUCUAGCAAAUUGCGUGCUGCCGUUACCAACCUUGCCAGGAGUUUGAUGGUGGGAUGGAGUCGAGGACGACUCCAAUUCAAGAAAGGGAGGAUGACGAGGACACCACCAUGCUGAAUAAACCCAAAAUUUGAUCUUUGAGGAGUUACAAGUCGUCACCAACUUGGUCUUCACAUCCGGUUCGGACUCAGCCGACCACCCUAAACAGAAACGCUGAUAUCUCCUCCAUACGACGUCGAAACGAGCCUUUCUUGGCGAGGUCAAUCGAGUUGUGUUUGGUUGAUAACCAACGGAGGUAUAACGGUUGCAACGAUUCGAAUAUUGAUUUCGUAUCCGGUCAAAAUCUGGAGCAAAGGCCCGGCUAUCCAGCUAACCGGAGGCAGUUAUGUGAUAUUCAGAAAAAAGUACUUUUUCCAGGGAAUGACCUUCAGCUUCCAUACGUAAGAGAAAUGAAGACUAAAAGCUCAGAUCACCAACGUCGAGACUCCACUAAUUGAAUUUACCGAUACCUAUCAAAAGAUCGGACAGUGCUACAUCAAUAUCCAUUUAUAUCCUAUCCGCGGUCGGCUUAGCGGAGGCGAGGAGCGGAGUGUCCGAUUGAAGAUGGAUACGGAGGUGAAUUGGAGCUCAACACAGCUGUAGCGUACACCCAUCACCAGAUGUAAGCUAAACUCCUUGACCGAAAGUGAGUAAAGAGCAGAAGAAACUGGUGAACGUCAGCCGUUGGAUGGGGAACGAACGGCGGGUGGAGAAACUCGGCUGCACGCCGUGGCUGCAACUUUGCGUCCGCGUCCGUAUAGUAGCUCCUGCAUGUCAUAAACGUGCUAAAUAUAUGGAAAGCAACUAUUUUGUCUCAUA